CGACCAUCUCUCCUCCUCCCCGGCGUCCUCGUCGGACUCCACCCUCGCCCAGGCGCACACAGCGAAGUUGGCCACCACCCAGUCCUCCUCCGCUUCCGUUGGCAACGCGGCCCGCUCUGGUGUCAUCGGCAGCUCCCACUCGCGCAGAAGGUCAAGAGGCGGCAGCAACAUGUUCUCGCCCCGGAGUAGCAACUACGAACGCCUUGAGGGCGGCAUGGGCCCCAGCAAGAGCGGACCAGGCCGCAAGUUUGCAUGGAAGAAGUUCGCGAUUGGCGCGGCUGUAAUUAUCGGACUCGUCUACUUCUUCGGUCCGCGGAGAGAGGACCUCGAUGACUACAUGCCUUCUAUUAUCUCGGACUCGAAGGAGACGUUCGAGGCGCCACCUGCCGCACCGGGACCAACACACCAUGAAGAUGCUCAUGUACCUGGACCGGUGUUGCACGACGACGACAUGGCGCCCCCCGCACGCCCCACCGACCCCGUGAGCGACGGCGACCUCACAAAAACCCACUUCUGCACAAAGCCGUACAAGCCGGACCUGCCCCUCGUGCAGUUCGCGCUCAUGAUCGACGCCGGCUCCACCGGCUCGCGGAUCCACAUCUACAAGUUCAAUAACUGCGGACCCUCGCCUGGGUACGAGUACGAGGUGUUCAAGCAGCGCCAGCCGGGGCUGUCCGACUACCGCUACGCACCGAGCGCCGCGGCGGAGAGCCUCGACGAGCUGCUGGACGAGGCGAUGCGCGUCGUGCCCGAGCCGCUGCGCAAGUGCACGCCCGUCGCGGUGAAGGCGACGGCGGGCCUGCGGCUGCUGGGCGACGCGGAGAGCGCGGCGAUCCUCGCGGCGGUGCGGCACCGGAUCGAGGACAAGUACCCGUUCAGCCUGCAGGGCGGCGCGGACUCGGUCGUGAUCAUGGACGGGCGCGACGAGGGCGUGUACGCGUGGAUCACGGCGAACUACCUGCUCGACACGAUCCGGAGCAGCUCGCCGGCGGGCACGGAGCCGUACGCGGUGCUCGACCUCGGCGGCGCGUCGACGCAGAUCGUGUUCGAGCCGACGUUCAAGAUGGCGAAGCCGGACGCGACGCUCGAGGAGGGCGAGCACAAGUACGACCUCGCGUUCGGGGGCAAGAAGCGUGUGCUGUACCAGCACUCGUACCUCGGGUACGGCUUGAUGCGCGCGCGCGCGAGUGUGCACAAGGUCGUCGAGUUCAUGAACGGGCUGCUCGGGAAGAGCCACGGCAAGGACGCGGUCGUCCCGAACCCGUGCCUCGCGAAGGGCACGGAGCGGCGCGUCGAGAUCGAGGACGAGCGGCUGGGCGAGAAGUACAACGUCACGAUGGUCGGCGCGGACAUCGGCAACUACGAGGCGUGCAACCGCGUCGUCGAGCUCGUCAUGGCCAAGGACGCCAUCUGCGAAGUGAAGCCAUGCUCGUUCAACGGCGUAUACCAGCCCUCGCUCCUCGAGACCUUCCCACACGGCAAGAUCCUGCUCCUCUCCUACUUCUACGACCGCCUCGGGCCCUUCCUCGCCGCGACGUCGCACCCGCUCACGCCCCCCCUGCACGUCGGCACGUUCGCCGAGCUCGCGCAGACGGUGUGCGAGGGCCCCGCGGCGUGGCGCGCGCGCUGGGGCGCGGACCGCGCGCUCCUCGAGGAGCUCGAGGGCCGCCCGGAGCACUGUCUGGACCUCACGUUCAUGCACGCGCUGCUGCGGCUCGGGUACGAGUUCGGCGCGGACCGCGAGGUGCAGGUGGGCAAGCAGAUCGAGGGCACGGAGCUGGGCUGGUGCUUGGGCGCGACGAUCGCGAUGGUCACUGGCGCGGAGCUCAAGUGCAGAGUUUGAGCAGACAGCAAGGCGCGGUGAUUCGUAUAGACUCUGUCUGUCGUAUGCGAUGUUUAUACAUACCCUAGAAUGGAUAAUUGUAAUGUUGUGUAAUGAGC